CGGGCUCCUGAAGAUUCCCAUCGCUCCGGAGUCCGCGCGAUGGUGGUUGGACGACGUGACGAGCUCGUCGGUGCCUCCUGUCGAGUUCAAAUUUCAAACGUGGUGACGCGCUUCGUCACUAGCGCCGAACUGUGGCCGUGCAGGCGUGCGCAUGCGCGCGCUCGAGAGACGCGCGAAACUGUACGUUGGCCGCCGCUGCUGCCGCUGCCGCUCGCUCGCCGCUGUUGUUUGGAACUUUUAUUUGGUUUUCUGCGCGUAAAAUAUGGGGUUUUUGGCACGUAUGCCGGUCGCGUGGGCCGUUUCGAUCUCGCUCACUUUCUCCCGAAUUCGGAGUGUACAUUGUUGUCCUCUGGAAAAGGCGAUUGCUCCCGGUUAAUGCGGGCGGUUGGAUCGACCUGCACUCGUAAGAUGGCCAAACAUAGCAACGCUACGAAAUAUUCGCAGGUUACAACUUAUAUGAGACCGUUGCCGGGGAGAAAAGCCGUCUCAUCGGAGUGCUCUUGGCGCACUAGACUAUUGCGAGAUCCGCGAUGGACAGUGGAUACGCUGAGGCUCUCUUCGAGGCUGAGCAGGAUUCGACCAAGAUUUUAUACCUGCGUCUAAAAUGAUGUCGCCGACGUUGUCAUGACUACCGUAAUCGCCGUACGUG